AUGUCUAAGAAUAAUCUUUCAGCAAAAGAUGAAGCAUUAUUAAUACUUGAAUAUCUUGAAAGUGAACAUAUGUCAAAAACAUUUUUAAAUUUUCUUGAUGAAAGUAAACAUCUUAGUCAACUUCGUUCAAAUCUUUAUUCUAAUUAUGAAAAAUCUCAACAAAUAAAUACAAAUGAAAAUGAUUAUGAAGUCAAUGAAUUUCAAACAUUUUUUAAUUUAUCAAAACAAAUUGUUUCAAAAUUAACUAAUAAUAAUCAACAACAAAAUGAUCAAAUAUCAUUUUUAUUAGAUAAAAGUUCGAAUGAUUUAAAUUUUGAUGAUGAUUUUUUAAAUGAUUUAGUUAGUCAAACACCACCAAUGGAUUAUCAAAAUUAUUUACCUGAUACACCAAUACCAUCAGUAUUACCAUCAAUAAUUAAUAAUGAAAAUGAUGAUUUUAAUUCUAUAGAACAAUUAUUUGCUAUACAACAUGAUACACCAUCACAACAAAUCGUACAACCUAUAUCUGAUGCAUCAUCACGAUUAACAUUAACAGUACCAUAUACAAAAUGUAUUGUUGUUACACAAGAUUUUCUUCAAUCAAUGUAUAAUCAACAAUCAACAAUAACAAAUAAUACUAAUAAUAGUAUAAAUUAUAUUCAUAGAGCAAAACGUCGUAGACGAAGAUUAAAAGUUGGAAAAGAAAAUUAUUAUCAACAAAGAACAAUUAUGCCAAGAACAUCACCGAAUCAUCAUUAA